AUGCGAGGUGCCACUCUUCGCAUAGAGCUGUUUCCGAAGUCACUCCCUUCUGCCAUUGGUUUCUAUACUCGCGUGCUUGGUUUUCAGGUUCUCCGCCACGAACCAAACAAGGACGACCCGACUUCUACGACAGGAUAUGCUCACCUUGGUCUCGACACGAUUCAGCUCGGCCUCAGCACGAAACGAUCAGACGAGUAUCCUGACGCCGCGCGAAAACCAGAAAACAGAGCACAGUUCAGAGCGUGGCCCACCGGUGUGGAAAUUGUGAUUGAGGUCAGUGACUUGCAAGCCGAGCACGAUCGAGUCAAGAGGGCAGGCUGGCCACUAGAUAGUGCGCUGAAACUGUAA